GCAGCCUGAAUUAAACAAACGGCAAACGUGUUUUUAAACUGAAAUGUUAAGUUUCUGUGUGUGGUCGUGCUAACGUGAAAGAAGCUAACAGUGCAGAAGUUAACGUGACAGGAGAAAUAAAGCCUCAUGGAUCUGGGCGCCUUUGAAGCAGAUAACUCUGUCAGCUGUCGCCUGGUUUCUCAGAUCCCUGAUGUGUGCAGGACCGAGGACUGCUGUCUGGGCAUUGAUGAGGCGGGCAGAGGGCCGGUGCUGGGGCCCAUGGUCUAUGGGAUAUGUUUCUGUCCUGUUUCCAAAAAGGAGGAGCUGAAGGAAUUGAAAGUGGCAGAUUCAAAAACUCUGGCAGAGGCAGAAAGGGAGAAGCUCUUCGAGAAACUGGACAAAGCCAAUAGUUAUAUUGGCUGGGCUCUGCAGAUUCUCUCUCCCAAUGUCAUCUCCACUAGCAUGUUACAGAGGACAAAAUACAACCUGAAUGCCCUGUCACAUGACACAGCGAUCAGUCUGGUACAGUAUGCUUUGGACAGUGGAGUACAGCUUAAAGAGGUUUUUGUGGACACUGUCGGUCCGGCAGAGAAGUACGAGGAGAAGCUCUCGCAGCAGUUCCCAAGUGUAGAAGUGACCGUGAGGCCGAAGGCCGACUCCCUCUUCCCGAUCGUCAGUGCAGCCAGUAUCUGUGCUAAGGUGGCCAGGGAUCAUGUUGUGAAAGGCUGGAGCUUUCCUGAAGACCUGGGAGAUGUUGAUACAGACUACGGCUCAGGAUACCCAAAUGAUCCCAAAACUAAAGCGUGGCUGCUGAAAUACCUGGACCCUGUGUUUGGGUACCCUCAGUUUGUUCGCUUCAGCUGGAGCACAGCCCAAACUCUGAUGGACAGCAAGGCUGUGUCUGUUCACUGGGAUGAUGAUGAGGAGGAUGGUGAGAAGGCGGCACAGCGGCAGAACAAGAAGUCCAUGUUGUCCUACUUCAGUGUGUCAGCUGGCCGGAAUAACCAAAGCCCUGCCCACCAGGCGCACCGCUUCUUCACUGAACGGCGGCUCAAAAACCUGGACACACUUUGACAGACAUGUCAGA